AUGCCCCGCGGCUUCCUGGUGAAGCGGAGCAGGAGGCCCACGCCGGUGUCGUACCGGGUGCGCGGCUGCCGCGAGGCGGCCGACAAUGACCCGCCGCUCCUGGCACCGCCGCAGCCGCCGCCGCCGCGGGAGUCGCCGCCGCCGCCGGUGCCCUUCGGCACGCCCGAUGCGGCGUGCCAGGCGCUGCGCAGCCCCACGCGUCCCGUCAGCAGGGAGAAGUACCUGGAGCGCGGCUUCAGCCUGGGCUCGCCCGUCUCGGCCGAGUCCUUCCCCGCGCCCGCCGUGCCCAGCACCAUGGACUCGCUGCUCUUCGCCCCCGCCGAGCUCAAGCUCUGGGCCACCGCCGCCGCCGAGCCGCCGCCCGCCGCCGGCCCCGCGCCGCCGCCUCUGCCGCCCGCCGCCCGCCCGCCGCCGCCCGCCAAGCGGCCGCCGGGCCCCGCGGCGGAGCCCGGCAAGCCCAAGGCGGCGGCGGCGGGGAGCGGCGGCGGCGGCAAGAAGGCGAAGGCUAUCCGCAAGCUCACCUUCGAGGACGAGGUGACCACGUCGCCCGUGCUGGGGCUGAAGAUCAAGGAGGGCCCGGUGGAGGCGCCGGCCAAGGCCCGCGGCGGCGGGUGCCGGCCGCUGGGCGAGUUCAUCUGCCAGCUGUGCAAGGAGGAGUACGGCGACCCCUUCGCGCUGGCGCAGCACAAGUGCUCGCGGAUCGUGCGCGUGGAGUACCGCUGCCCCGAGUGCGACAAGGUCUUCUCGUGCCCGGCCAACCUGGCCUCGCACCGCCGCUGGCACAAGCCGCGCCCGCCGCCCGCCGCCAAGGCGGCGCCCGAGCCCGGCAAGGCGGCGGCGGCGGAGCGGGAAGCGGGCAGCGGCAGCGAGCGGGACACGCCGAGCCCCGGCGGCGCCUCGGAGGGCGGCUCCGAGGAGGGGCCCUUCGGCUGCCCGCGCUGCGCCAAGCGGUUCCGCCGGCAGGCUUACCUGCGCAAGCACCUGCUGGGCCACCCGCCGGCCGCCGCGGAGCCGCCGGCGAGCCGCCUGUGCCCGGUGUGCGGCGAGGCCUUCCCCAGCCGCAGCGGCCAGGAGCGCCACCUGCGCCUGCUGCACGCCGCGCAGCUCUUCCCCUGCAAGCACUGCCCCGCCACCUUCUACAGCUCGCCGGGCCUCACCCGCCACAUCAACAAGUGCCACCCCUCCGAGAACCGCCAGGUCGUCCUGCUCCAGGUGCCCCUGCGGCCCGCCUGCUAG